CUUAUUAAAAAUUUGCCAAUUUGAAAAGCAUAACACACAACUGGCGAUUCGCGUCCGUGGAUAACUUCAAAAGUAGUCAUAAUGUGCUCUUAGAAUGCAUUAAGCUGCGGGGCAAAAUGCAAUUAUUAUGUGUAAAUAGAGUCUAAUUAGAGUAGUUGCAAUUGCGUGUUACAAAACUCGCAAGUGGAAAGCAAAACCACAACAAAAACAAAAACAAGGUCCUGGAAGAAGAAGCAUGUCGAGCUCCAGCGAGGCAGCCAACAGCAAUGCCGAGGCAUUUGCCAUCUACUACAAAGGCAAGGCACUGCAGCUGAAAUGGAAGGGCGUGCCUCCGCUCACCCGCUCGCCUGCCUUGCGACUCUGCUGCAUAGGGAGUAGUAAGAGCGAAGUUGGACGCGAGACUGAUUCGCAGGCUGGAGUCCAGUUCGAUUCUGAUUGGCUGCUGCUGCUAACAGCGGAUCAUUCGCUCUAUUCGGCCACACUGCUGCCGACGCACGAUGUGCACACACUGGAGCUGAGCCUGCUGCGAACGGAUGUUGUUGACGUGGACUACUGUCGCGGGAGCCGACAGCUCUUUGUGGUGCUCGCCAAUGGCAGCGUCCAACGACAGCUUAUUGCAGGCAGCUGUCGCCCGGGCGCAUGGCAAACGCUCAGCUUUGAUCCGCUAGAGCUGCACGACGAGGGCGUCAGCAUGCGUCGCGUCUGCUGCUCAGAGCAGGGCGUGGUCUUUGUCAGCGUCCGCGGAGCAACAUAUGUGCUGGGCAGCUGUGGAGAGGUGUUUAACGCUGAGGAACCUCGCCACAUGCGCCUCUGCGAGGAAGGUAAGCAACUGCUGGACCUCGUCGCUGGAGAUGAGCACUUCGUGAUGCUCCUGGCGCCGCAUCAGCAAGCCGACGACGUGCUGCAGCUGCAGCAGGAGCAGCCACAAGAGGAGCAAGGCUCACUCAAAUCGAUACACAGCGGCAGCUCGGAGCGUAGCUUUGCAGCGAACACCCGUCAUCUGCUCCAUCAGGGCUAUGCGCUGCUCCACACUCAGCUCUUUACAUUUGGUGCGUCUAACGGCGGCCUGCUGGGCACAGGGGAUCACAUCCGACGUGCCCAUGUCGCUCGCCUCGAGAAGCUCGACGGCAUGGGCGUCUGCAGCAUUGCCGCCGGAAGGCAGCACAGCGUGGCGCGGACUCUGGACGGGCGCCUCUACCACUGGGGCAUCAACAAUCGCGAACAGCUUGGCGAAGAUCUGAGUUCUCCCAUGGAAAUUUGCCUGGCGGAGCAGAUUACGCCGGAGCAGCACACAGCGCUGGAGGCCACCUGUGGCGACUAUCGCACGCUAGUGCUGGAUGCAGCUGGGCAGAUCCAAACGCUGCCCCAAUCCCAGUCCAGCACCUAUGCGCAGACGGUGCUGCAUUUGCAGAUGGGCGCUGCCUGGCCUCGUCAGCUGCGCCUCUUGCACUGUGCCGGCGGAUACACUCUCCAGAAUUGCCGCCAGUUCCAGCGGCAGUACCACUACUUUCUUAGUCACCUGGAGUCACAGCUGCAGCUGCUCCUUAAGCAGCGUCAGGCUGUGCAAACGCUGAUGAUCUGGGAGUUUCCCGUCUUGGCGCCCCUCUUGCUCAACUGGGAGCGCAUCGUGUGCCUCUUGGCAGCCACGUUGCACUCCCUCGAAGGGUUCUAUCGCGCGGACUACGUGCAGCCGGCGGAUCUCCUCUAUAUUUGCUAUCAUCGCGAGUAUAUCGAGCUCUUCGAGAGCUACACCAGUGCCUAUUGCGAUGUGCUCUCCGUGAACGGCUUUGGCGAGGCGGUGGCUGCCAUUUGUUCGCCCCCAUUGAGCAACCACAAUCCCCUGGCAGAGCUGGGCGAGGAGAGCUACUUAACGCGCCUGUUUCAGCAGCCGUUCGGCAUCUAUCAGCUGUUCAACCAGUUCAUGGAGCUGCUCGUGAAGACCCAGCCCGAGUACGAUGAGCAUCGGUUGGCCUGGUUGGAGUUCGCGCGCAAGAGCUGCAUCAGUCAGGAGCUGGCCGACAAUACCAAAGAGUUCUGGAGCAGCAAGGAGUGCACGCCCCGCAUUUCGCAUCUGAGGCAGCGUCAGCGACGCGUCAUACUCACCUCGACGCUGGUGCCGCUGAAGCUGGCCAACGCUCGCAUCAGCAUAUCCAGCCACAGCUUUAUACUCUUCUCUGACUUCCUCUGCCAGGUGGGCAACAAUGCGCUCUACACCUAUCCACUGAGCGCGCUGUGGGUCUGGUCGGAGGGCGAGCUCGACCUGCGCAUUGUGACGCCCGAGAAGAGUUUUCUUCUGACUACCAAAAAGGCGGAGUCACGCAAGAUCUGGCUCGACCAGCUGCAGGCGAGCAUUGUGGCCGCCUUGAAGCGACCUUUGGGCAGCCCCGUGCCCAGCGUGCGCUCCACCGCCUACGAGUAUAGUCGCGAGCAUCCAAAGUUCUCCCGAGUCAAGGCCUGUGGCACUUGGCGCAAAGGCGUGCUCCAUGGCAACUGCUAUCUGGAGUAUCCGGAUGGCAGUGUCUACUGCGGCGAGGUUCACCGUGGCGUCAUCGAAGGCUAUGGUAAGAUGGUGAUUCCUUCGACCGGGGUUUACGUGGGCAACUUCAAGGGCGGUCGGUUUCAUGGCUUCGGCAUCUACGAGCUGAACGGCAGCGCGGCGCAGGAGAGCGAGAUCUAUGAGGGCAACUUUUGCGAGGGGCUCUUCCACGGCCACGGCAUGAUGCGCAACAAUCGCUACAUCUAUGUGGGCGAGUACGUGGCCAACACGCGCAGCGGCUACGGCGUCAUGGAAGACCUGAUCAGCGGGGACAAGUACAUGGGCAUGUUUGCGGACAACAAGCGCUGCGGGCCCGGUAGCUGCAUCACGAAUCGUGGCGACUACUUUGAGGGCACUUUUGCGGCCGACGAUCUCACUGGCAGCGGCGUGGCUGUCUUCGAAAACGACUACUACUACGAGGGCGAGCUGACGCUGCAGGGACCUAACGGGCGCGGCGAUUACUAUAUGCCCUGCGGCGAUGCUGGCAAUGCUGGCAAUGCCUCGAUGGGCGCCAGCGAGGAGGACGACGACAACUAUGAGCUCAUAGGCAAUAAAAUGUUUGGCCAGCUCAGUGGCAGCUGGGAAACGGUGCGCAUCCAGACGGGUGAACUGGCACUGAAUCGACGAUUCCCCAAGUUCCCUAGCUCUCUUGGCCGCAUGGUAGUGGAUCACAAUCGCAAGUGGCGUGCACUGUUCCAGAACUUUGAAUCGGACCUGGCGAACUGCAGCGCCUCCAGCAGCAGCAACAGCGUCUUCUCCGGCAUUUUGGGCGGCACCCUUAAGAAACCGGCUAAAGCCGCGAUGAGCACGGCCCAGAUAUGGAGCUGCAUAGCGAUUUAUAUGAACAAGCAGCGCUCUCGAGACGGCCCCAAGCCGGGCAAUUACUUCAACAACAUUCUACUUAGUCUGCCGCUGCCACCGAAGCCGGCGGCACAGCCUUUGAUGAGCAGCACGCCGACGUUGCAAUCGACGCUGGUGACUCGAAAGAUGUCGAUUUCGUUGGACUUGUUCGGCUCGACGCCACGUCGGAUUCAGUCGCAGGAGACGCUAUGCAGCAAGCAGGACGAUCUGCAGCGCUCGGAUAGCCUACUCUCCAUUGGGCACAACUCGACAAUAGACACCAGAAGCUUGGUGAGCUUUGGUCUCAACGAAAGCCUGCUGGAGCGCAGCUUCAAUGGCGGACAGGAGCCAGGCAAUCUGAGCACCAGCUUUGGCAGCGUGCUGCAGAAYAAUAAUAACAACAACAACAUAUCCAAGAAUAUUAACAACAGCAACUGCUCGAUCACCUCGACGACCUCCACGGGCAGCGCACUGCUGGAGCAGGUGCCCAGCUUUGGCAUGGCCUCGACACUGACCGAGCACGAUGUGAGCUGUAUUCGGCUUUAUCUGGAGCAAGCAUUCAAGGAUCAAUAUCAUCCGCUGUAUGCACUAAAUGAGCGCAUCGCCAACUGUUUCCACUACUCCUACGGCUACUGGAAGGUGAAGCCCACCUCCAUUCUGGCCAAGCAGGCGAUGCGCGAAUGGGAGUCCAUAUCGAGGCGUACGUAUCGGUUCGUGCGUAAAAUGUUUCCUGCCCUGCCGGAAGACUACUGUCACCUCGAGGGCAGCAGAGAGGUGAUCUCCCACAUAACGCUCCUCUACCCACUGAUGCUGUCCGAGGGCAUUUACUCCACGCUGUUCGUGCUAUACGCCAACAAAUACAAUCGCAAGGAUGAGCUGUACCGGCACAACCUAAACCAUGCCGAGAAGCUGAGCGACGGGGAACUGGUCCAGCUGCUCGGCCACGACAGUUGCCUCAAUGCUGUGAUGCUGGACACGCAAUUCGAGGCCGCGGUACAGUCGCUGAAGCAGCUGCAGGAGAAGUUCAGCCCCCAGGAUAUGUUGACUGUGAUACAGCGCAGCAUGGAGCUGCUGUCAGAGGCGUAUGAGCACGCCAUGGCCACGAGUGCCGCACAGCUCAAUGCUGACAAUAUGAUUCCACUCUCUAUGCUGUGCAUGCUGCGCGCCGCUGUGCCACAUUUGGGCGCCGAGCUGGCGUUGCUGGACGAUCUGACGGGCGGGCCAAACUUUCAGGCCGAAAUGAAUGGAAUGGCGGGCUAUUGUUACACGACCCUGAAGGCUGCCUACGAGCAUAUCACGAUGAGAGCGCUGCAGCGGAACUCCUUGCCUUGAGCUCAACCUAACUGGACGCCUGUAUUAAUAUUGUUACAAUUGUUAUGGCUUUGGAUGCCAGCGAUCAAUAUAAUUUCUAGUUUAUGCUUUGUU